AUGCAGUUAAACAGAAAUGGUCUUUGUUCCAAUUGGAUGUCAAUAAUGCUUAUUGCAUGUGAUUUGGAUGAAGAAGUUUCUCGCCAAUGGUAUGCUAAAUUGUUCCAUGCCCUUUGCUCUAGAGGUUAUAGCCAUUAUUUAAAUGAUUACUCCCUAUUUAUGAAGAAAUCACCUCAGUCUACUGUGUUUCUUGCUGUAUAUAUUCAUUAUCAUUCUUCUGGUGCUUUGUUGCAUCAACAAAAGUUCAUUACUGAUUUGCUUGUUGAUUUUGACAGUUCUGCUGUCUGUUUUGUUGUAUGCCCAUUGGAUUUGAAUGUUAAUUUGCACUCUGAUGUUGGUGACCCUCUGCCCAGACCUGACACAUAUCGUAGCCUCAUAGGAAAACUUAACUUUCUUACCCACACUCGCCCUGACAUUUGCUUUGUUGUCCAACACCUUAGUCAGUUUCUCCAAACACCUAGAGUCCCUCACAUGGCUGUUGCUUUACAUGUCUUACGCUACUUAAAGGGGACUUCUGAUGUUGGUAUCUUUCUUAAUGAUUCUGCUGAUUGUUCUUUGGUUGGAUACUGUGAUAGUGAUUGGGCUGCAUGCCCUGAUUCUCGCCGUUGUGUUAGUGGUUUUUGUGUGUUCCUGGGUGGUAGUCUUAUUAGUUGA